AUGUGUGGAUUCCGAAUUCCGGUUCUAGUUGCAAUGGUAUUACUGUCUGCUGUUGUUGUAAAAACAGAAAAUACAGGUGGAGAAAUUGAAGAGAAAAGUAUAAAGAAGUCUUUGAAGACAAAAAAUGCUACUUCGUUGAUCGAUAAAGUAGAGGAAGGUAGGGUCGAAGGAACCGGUCCAACAAAGAUUCGAACAACGGAUAAAGAAGAGGUCGAUGCAGCGGAUGUGGCGGACACCGGGGAAAUGAAUGCGAGAAAGAUGCAAGAAACGGUUACAGGAGAGGUCAAAACAACGAACACGGGGGAGACUGGAGCAAUUGGAGAGCAAAAAGCAGGCACUCAAGAAGCUGUAUCAGGAGUUGCUGACGACGAUGAUUUGUUUACGCUGGAACAUCUCGGAUUGGAGAUUCCGGUGAAAUCGGCCGUUGAGACACUGAAUAUGGAUGUGUUGAAACAAAUGCUACUGAAGAAGUUGACCGCAAAAUUUGGAAAAUAUGCAAAGAGCAAGGGACGUAAGAAAAGAACAUCUUGA